AUGGCAAUUUUUUCAUUACUUAUUAAGCUAAUCCUUUUCUUUCUAAUUAGUUUUGGUUUAUUAGAUCGAAUUGAUGGUGAGGAAAUAUGUGAUAAUAGUUUACCAUAUGAAAAAUGUUCAUUAAAUACUGGAUGUGGUUGUCUUCCUCUCAGUUACAAUAAUAAAAGUUUUAUUUGUGCAUAUCUAUAUGUUACUUGUUCUGAGUUAUCAUCAUGUGCUGGAGAUAAUAAAACAUGUUAUCAACCAGGAUAUACUUGUGUAAAACAUCCUCGAUGUCAAAACGGUCCAUUAUGUUAUCCAAUGAAAAUGACAACUCAAUUAAUAUGUCCAUUAAUACUUUCAACAAGUAUAUCUCCAAUACCCGACGAUGGAAUUUGUGAAAAUGCUAAAUGGAAUACUACUGGUAUAACAAUGGCAGGAGGAAAUAAAUCUGGAUCUCAAUUAAAUCAACUUCAAUAUCCAUUUGGAAUAUUUUUAGAUGAUGAUUCAAAUCUUUAUGUUACAGAUUCAUUUAAUCAUCGAAUUGUUAAAUGGAAUUAUGGAUCUUCAGUUGGUCAAUUAGUAGCUGGUGGAAAUGAUUUAGGUAAUCGAAGUGAUCAACUUCGUUAUCCUAAUAGUGUAACUAUUGCUAAAAAUGGAACAAUGUUUAUUUGUGAUAGUGGAAAUCAUAGAAUACAAAAAUGGGAGAAAAAUGCUCGUGAGGGAGAAACAAUUAUAUCAAAUACAACAUGUUUUGGAAUGUAUAUUGAUAAUCAAGGUUCAUUAUACUAUUCUGACGUAAGUAACCAUAAAAUAAUAAGAUGGCCAGAAAAUGAAGUUAUUGCAGGUGGAAAUGGAGAAGGAGAUCAAUUAAACCAAUUAUUAUAUCCGAAUAAUUUCUUUAUUAAGAAUAAUAAAUCAAUAUUUAUAGCAGAUGGAGGAAAUAAUAGAAUUGUAGAAUGGAUUAUUGGUGAUAAACAAGGUGUUAUUAGAGCUGGUGGAAAUGGUGCAGGACAUAAUCUUGAUCAGUUUGAUCAACCACUGUCAGUGAUUGUGGAUCGAUCAGAUAAUCUUUAUGUAGUCGAUUAUGAUAAUAAUAGAAUAAUGCGAUGGUUGAAAAAUAGUAAAUCAGGUAUCGUUAUUAUUGGAGAAGGAGAAGAGGAUCAUGUAAAAGAUCAAUUAAUGAGACCAACUCAAAUAUUAUUUGAUAAAAAUGGAAAUUUAUGGGUUAGUGAUGAGAUGCAUCAUAGAAUUCAAAUGUUUAUGAUUGACAAAAGUGCUUGUAAAAAAUAA